AAAACUGUUCUACCAUUCAAACCUUUCUCUCUCCAAAAUUUAAUAACCUCUCCCUUUAAUUUCCAGCUCUUCUUCAUAUUCAUCAGCAUCUGAUUCUCACCAACAAAACUUAAAUUCAAAAGUUCCCUCCCCAUUGCUUAUUGUCUCCAAUCUUACAAACAUUGAAGAUUCCAUUUGAACUGGCUUCUCAAAUUCUAAAAUGUUAAAUUGCGGCGGCAGCCACCGCGACUCUUCAUCGGACGGUGACUUAAGCUUCAAGAGCAGCGCCACUACUACUUCAUCAAUGAGCAGUGAGAGCUGUAUGAGUAGCUACAGCCGUCUUUCUUUUGAGCUUUUAACAGCAAGAUCCUCACCGGAAAAUCUUACCCUCAAACCACACCGGUCAUCUGACUUCGCUUACUCCGCCAUCCGCCGUAAAACCGGCUUGACUUUCCGUGACUUUCAGCUCCUCCGCCGAAUCGGGUCGGGAGACAUCGGGACAGUCUACCUAUGCCGUCUAACAAGAAAGCAUAACCAAGAAAACGACGACGAAUACGACGUCGUAAAAGAACAAGACGACGAGUUAUGCUGUUAUGCCAUGAAAGUUGUGGAUAAAGAAGCAUUACGUGUGAAAAAGAAAGUUCAUAGAGCUGAAAUGGAGAGGAAGAUCUUGAAAAUGUUGGAUCAUCCAUUUUUGCCAACUUUAUACGCUGAGUUUGAAGCUUCCCAUUUUUCUUGCAUUGUUAUGGAGUACUGUUCCGGCGGGGAUUUACAUUCUUUACGGCAUAAACAGCCUCACAAACGGUUCUCUCUUACCUCUGCAAGGUUUUAUGCAGCUGAGGUUCUUGUAGCUUUAGAAUAUCUUCACAUGUUGGGAAUUAUCUACAGAGAUUUAAAGCCGGAAAACGUUUUAGUCAGAUCCGACGGUCACAUCAUGUUAUCAGAUUUUGACCUUUCUUUGUGUUCUGAUGCAAUCCCAGCCGUUGAAUCUCCGUCUUUCUCUCCUGAUUCUACUUCUCCGUCGUCAUUGUCGUACACCCGAUCACACUCGAAUAAGAGCUUCUCGUGCCUCCUUAACCGGCUCUUCCGGUCGAAGAAAAUCAGAACGUUGAGCCCCAACCGGUUAUUUGUUGCCGAGCCGGUAUCCGCCCGGUCUUGUUCGUUUGUUGGGACCCAUGAGUACGUGGCGCCUGAGGUGGCAUCUGGUGGGUCCCAUGGAAACGCGGUUGAUUGGUGGGCCUUUGGGAUUUUUAUCUACGAAUUGAUUUACGGACGGACACCGUUUGCGGCUCCAUCGAAUGAGCAGACACUGCGUAACAUUGUGAAAAAGCCCUUGAGUUUUCCUACACAAUCGCCUUCCUCUUCGCUUGACUUCCACGCGCGGGAUUUGAUAUCGGGUCUGUUGAAUAAAGAUCCGAAUGCUAGACUCGGGUCGAAAAGAGGAUCCGCCGACGUCAAAACUCACCCGUUUUUUAAAGGGCUUAAUUUUGCUCUGAUACGGACGGUGACCCCACCUCAGGUUCCGGGACUAAGAAGACAAAAAACGAUGCCGUUUUAUCAUGGGAAGCCAAAAUCAACAGCUUUUGAUUACUUUUAGAGAAAGCCUGUGAUUUGUGCCACGUGUUAGGGAGUUGCUGCCAUAUUUUGCAAUUGGUAGGCUGAUAGAUGUGCAUAUUUAAAGCCCUUUUUUGGGUUUUAAUUUUCCUAUUUUAGUCUAUAAACUAUGUUUUAGGUGACUGAAUUGACAUCAAUUAUACCCUCUAAUUAUAUAAACUAUUUAUACA